AUGUUUGGCUCAUCAGGCACCCGUCAACUCCAAAUUCCUAUCUCUGCUUCUGUAUCUGAGGCCGUGGUAAAUGGUAACUGGUUCUUUCCAUCAGCCCGUUCAGAAGAAGCGGUCACGUUACAGGUUGUCUUGUCAACCACUAGUGUCCCUUCUCCUUCCAAUGGUUCUGAUACCUACCGCUGGAGGGGUCAAUCUGGUGGUUUUACUUAUGAGUUUUCAACUCGUGUUACUUGGGACAGGUUGCGAGUUACUUCUCCAACUGUUUCUUGGUUUGAAGUGGUGUGGUUCAAGGAAGAAAUUCCUCGUUGUUCCUUUAUUACAUGGCUGUCUAUGUUGGCUAGAUUACCAACAAGAGAUCGAAUAUUGUCUUGGGGUUUACAAGUGCCGGAUUCUUGUGUUCUUUGUGCUGAUGGUCUUGAAUCCCACAACCAUCUGUUCUUUGACUGUCCGUUCGCGGUUCAGAUAUGGAACAAGUUCUGUGGGCGUUUUAUCUCAUCACCUCCUGCUCAUCUCCAAGCAGCAGUGCUUAUGUCCUCACAGUUUCAAGAUCCUUAUUCCUCUCAGGUUAAAGUGAUUUUCAAGCUGAUUUUGCAGGUGAUAAUCUACGGUUUGUGGCGGGAGCGUAAUGCUCGUAUCUUUAGAAAUGUGUUUCUUCCUCCUCCGGCCUUUUUCAAGUUGGUUGAUCGUUCUCUGCGUGACAAGCUACUCUCUUUUCCCCGGGACUCUUCUCAAGCACAUUUGUUGCUCGAAUUGUACUUUUGGUUUGUUGAUCCUUUUAGUUAA